AGGUGGAAGAAAGAAGCAGAUUCUGGGGAUCUCUUCCCACUUCUAGCAGCUUGAACAGCACCUGGCACUCUGGGGGCUUCAUGAAAGAGCCAGCACAUGUGAGACAGUGUGUGAUGACGUCAGUGGACUGCAGUUAUUGGGGCAAUCCCAUACUUUUGCGUGUCACCUGGAAGAAGCCAGAUACCUCCUCAUGCUGCUGACACAGGCAGGAUGGCAUUGAAUUCAGGGUCACCUCCAGGAAUUGGACCUUACUAUGAGAACCAUGGUUAUCAGUCCGAGCACAUCUAUGCCCCGAGGCCCCCUGUGGCUCCCAGUGGCUACAACCUGUACCCAGCCCAGUGCUACCCAUCUCCAGUGCCCCAGUAUGCCCCGAGGGUUACAACGCAAGCCUCAACACCUGUCAUCCACCCACAGCCCAAGUCCUCAGGGAUACUGUGCACCUCAAAGACUAAGAGAUCACUGUGUGUCGCCCUUGCCGUGGGCACUGUCCUCGCAGGUGCUGCUGUGGCUGCUGUUGUGCUUUGGAGGUUCUGGGCUAGCAAGUGCUCUACGUCUGAGAUGGAGUGUGGGUCGUCAGGCAUCUGUAUCAGCACUUCUCUCUGGUGUGACGGGACAUCGCAUUGCCCCAAUGGGGAAGACGAGAACCGGUGUGUUCGUCUCUACGGACCAAGCUUCACCCUACAGGUUUACUCAUCUCAGAGGAAAGCUUGGUAUCCCGUGUGCCAGGAUGAUUGGAAUGAGAGCUACGGGAGAGCAGCAUGUAAAGACAUGGGAUACAAGAACAGUUUUCAUUCUAGCAAAGGCAUACGAGACAGCAGUGGGGCAACGAGCUUUAUGAAGUUGAAUGUGAGCGCAGGCAGCAUCGACCUCUAUAGAAAACUCUACCACAGUGACUCCUGUUCAUCCGGUAUGGUGGUUUCCUUGCGCUGCAUAGAUUGUGGGAUUCGCUCAGUGAGACGUCAGAGCAGGAUUGUGGGUGGAUCCAUUGCAUCACCUGGAGACUGGCCCUGGCAGGUCAGCCUGCACGUUGAAGGAGUCCAUGUCUGCGGAGGCUCCAUCAUCACCCCUGAGUGGAUUGUGACAGCUGCCCACUGUGUGGAAGAACCCCUCAGCAGCCCAAGGUACUGGACAGCAUUCGUGGGAAUUUUAAGACAGACUCUCAUGUUCUAUGGAAGUAGACACCAGGUAGAAAAAGUGAUUUCCCAUCCAGAUUACGACUCUAAGACCAAGAAUAAUGACAUCGCUCUCUUGAAGCUGCAGACGCCUCUGGCGUUUAAUGAUGUGGUGAAGCCAGUGUGUCUGCCAAACCCAGGAAUGAUGUUGGACCUAGCCCAGGAGUGCUGGAUUUCAGGGUGGGGGGCGACCUAUGAAAAAGGAAAGACCUCGGACGUGCUGAAUGCUGCCAUGGUACCCUUGAUCGAACCCUCCAAAUGUAAUAGUAAAUACGUAUACAACAAUCUUAUCACACCAGCCAUGAUCUGUGCCGGCUUCCUGCAGGGCUCUGUCGACUCUUGUCAGGGAGACAGUGGAGGGCCGCUGGUUACUUUGAAGAAUGGCAUCUGGUGGCUGAUUGGUGACACAAGCUGGGGCUCAGGAUGUGCCAAGGCAUACAGACCUGGAGUAUACGGGAAUGUGACAGUAUUUACAGACUGGAUCUAUCAACAAAUGAGGGCGAACAGCUAAUCCACGUGGCCUUUGUCCCUGACUGCCUUCGUCUUCGACAUCCUUCUGCAAGAAAACCAAGGGGCUGAUUUUUAACUCCCUGAACAAUGUACCUUUUGAGAUGAUUCAAAGGGCCUUUCACUUUUAUUAAACAGUGACUCUCUGUGCUCGCUGAUCCUGUGCGGGCUUCAGCGCCCCACCCCCAGGCCACUUCUGCAGCUCCCAUCAGUCUGGAUACCAAUGGCUUUGGGCACACAGGGCCAAGUGCAGAAGAGAGUGGCACUCUCGUAGGAUUCCUUUUUGGCUCAUGCUCAGGCCUCUUUUGGAUGAGUAAGGACUGUGACCUCUGAGUAGCCUGAUGGCCUGAGAAAGAGUAGGGAGGCCAGGGGCCCAGGGACAGACACCCUGAGAGAGAGCUACCUCUCCCUAGCCUGUGGCCCAGAUCUCCUGUGCAGUUUGGGCUGGUCAUGCUAUGAUGAUUUCAUUAACAGCCUGGGUGAACAUGGCUAGGAGUAAAGGGCUUGCUCUCCUGCAUGUUUUCAUGACACCCUCUUCCAAGGGUGACAGAGCCUUUGCCAGGCUGAGGGCCUAAGCGGAACCCUCAGAGCAAGAAGCUAAUGAUGGCAUGUUCUUGGCUACCUGUCUCUUGGGUGAGCUCUACACAGUGUGGUUAAUUCUGUGUUUUGGCUCCCCACUACUGUUUCUCUCAGCCUCUCAGAGCCUGAAACUUACUUCUUAGCCUUAGCAACAGGAAAAGCCUGGUACCUGAUGGAGCCUGCAUUUUUUUGGUUAGACAUCUAGAGGCUGAGUCCGUCAGAAUCAGGGGCACUGAUUCCAGUCA